AUGAACACAUCAAACAGCUCCACAGAAGAUGACCGGGUUUAUGCUGGGAUCUUUGGCUGCAUUAUGGUGAUAGGUCUGCCACUGAAUGCAGUCUCACUGUGGAUUCUUCUUCGCCGCCACAGCCUCAAAUCACCCAACGCUGUCUUCAUGGUGAACCUGGCACUCUCAGACCUGCUAGCCAUCUUCUCUUUGCCCAUGAGGAUCUACCAUCAUGCAACAGGCACCCCACUGGGAAUUUUCACAUGCCUCUUCAGCGUAAUAAUCUUUCGCAAAAACCUCCGCUCCAGCGCCUCCUUCAUCACCUUCAUAAGCGUGGACCGACUGCUGGCUGUGGUUUAUCCUCUGAGGUCUCGCCAUCUUCGGACCUCGUGCAAUGCCUGGAAAGGAGCAGCGCUCGUCUGGGGGUUUUUCCUGGUGGAUAUAAGGACCAAGUUAUCUGGACGUGUCACCACUUUGCCAAGUCUUGGAAGAAGGCCCAAACCGUUACAUUCUGCUGGGAUGAAAUUGGUUUCGAUGUUGAGGAACAACCCAGAAACCACAAAAGUUCAACUGUGGCAUGAACAGGAAAGUGCUGUAAUACUAGGGCCAAUGUCCAGUGAGUUUUACUUCAUGGUGAACUGAGAAGGUUUCAGAAAAAAAAAACCCUGCUACAAAACCAACACUUUCAAGCUGAAAUUUACACCUGCCCACACGAACAGGACAAAUGACUUCUGGAGUUUUACCAGUCAAAGAAACAAUGAUUGAGUUAUUUGGCCACAAUGGCAAGAGGUAUGCUUGUUUAGGUAUAUUUAAACCUGAGGCUUUCAAACCUAAGAACACUGUAUCAGACAUCAAGCAUGGUGGUGGCAGCACUUUUGUUGUGCAUGGAGUAAUGAAGGACAAAUGUCAUGAUCCUAUGUCUUUGACACAGUUUGUGAGUUUAUGAUGGUUUUGUGAAUCUUUCUUUUGGAUUGAACAGAUUUUCAUCUUCUUGUCCUGUAUUAGUUAGUCUGUAGUUUUGUAUUUCCCAGUGCAUCUGUGUUUAAUAUUUCUAUUUUUUAGUUUUUGCCUGCUCUCAUGUCUGUUCUGUCUUCAGCAUCUCCUGCUGCUUUCUGUUGUGUGUUUUUUCUCUCCAGUCUGUCGUGUGUUUCCAUGUUUAUCCCCGUCCUAAUGUCAAGCUUUUGUGUCCUUGUCUCAGUCUCUCGUCUCUUGUUUUUUUGUUGUGUGUUUUCAGGUCUCCCGGUUCUGAGUUUCCAAGUUUAGCUUUUUACCUGAUGUCUUGUAUUUUUUUAUACCAUUUUUGAAACUUUUAAGUCACAGCAUUAAAGUUGCUUUUUUUUUCCAAGUCAUAUCCUCGACUCAGAGUCCUGCAUUUGGGUCCUAGUCUGCCUGCCACACAGCCAUGAAUGACAUUCAGAUUCUUCAGCUUCACCUCAAAUCAACACCUAGCUGUUUGAAACUUGGACACAGUUGGGUGUUCCAGUUGGACAAUGAUCUCAAAGACACAUUAAAACUGGUUAAUCGAUAAAGCAGUCUAUCAUUAAGGUUCUGGAAUUACCAGCACUAUAGAAAAUUUGUGGACUAUGGUUAAAAUGAACUCCAUCAAUCUGCCAGAAUUACAAUAGAAGCUUUUUCAUGGCUACCAAAAGCAUCUUGCCAAAGUGCAACUUGCUAAGGACAUUAAUAGAGCCUGUAUGAGCGUUUACGUAUAGCUUUGACCCUGUGUGGAUUGGAGACAAUCCCCCCAAAAAGUCAAAUGUCUGCAGUCAGUACUUGAGGCUUUUUUAAAGUCAUUAAAGACAGAAUUCAUUAAAUGUUAUCUGAUGACAUGAUGGCAUCAGAUAACAAUGUACAAGCUCUACUUCCAAUAUAAACAGAAAAGAUAAUCCUGAGACCAAAAGCAGUGGUUGAAUCACAGUGGCUACGUCCAUGUUUUAUCCCAUCUGUGUAAUACAGUCAUUUCUUCUAAUAUUACCCUACAUUAACCUACUACAAGUUUCACACUGCAUGUAGUUCAAAUCACUGACAAAGACUGGAAGAUGUAAAAAGCAACUAUAAGGGGCAUAUGUCAAAUACAAACAGCAGUUAAGAGCGAUUUCAUUAUGCAAAACAAAUAACCAACACAUCAAAGUCACCUCUUUUACUUUAAGAGAUUUCUUUAGAAAAUCUAGGGAGAUUUUAUGUUUUUGAUUAAUGGUGACUGGAAAUGUAGUUGCUGGCAGAGCUGCAGGUUCACACGAGGAUUUUACUAUAGAAAUGUUUAAAUCUGUACAGAAUACAAAAUAGAAACCGUAAAAUGAAAAAUACUGGCAGCAGCCAGCGUCAACCCUCAGCCUCCUACUGGAUGCUCCCAUGGUAUCGAAUUCAAAAUCCUUUGUCAGCUUUUUCUCCAGUUAUCACAUUCACAGAAUUUUCAAAAAAACGUGACCUCUGACCUCCAACCUCGAAGUCUAGGUCACUGAGAUUAAAACUUGUCGAAGAUACACCUACGCUGUCACUUUGAAACUCCUGCAUCGCUUCUUUCUUGAGUCAUGGUAUUCACAAAUUUGGGUGUCCACAUUGCUUGCCCACCCACCCGUAUGGUGACAACAAAACCCCCUUAGCCUUUUUACAUUCAUAAGAUACUGACUGAAGCCUAGUAACGUUUGAAAUAAAGUAACAUAUGCCUCAACUCAGUCAUUUUUUUUACUACUUUAUUCACAGACAGAUUUCAUUGGCAGACAAAAUAUACAGAUCACAGUUGGUUUUGUUCAUCUAACAUAUAAUACGCUCCCUUUCACUUGUUUUGACUUUAGUCCAGUCUCUGACUCUGGACUAAGGCUUUAAACGUGGUUUUACAAAACAUUCUAAGAGUGCUGUUUCUCUUAUACAUAAACACAUGCAAGGGAAAACAAAGGUUAGUCUAA